AUGGCUGACCGUGGCGGACGCGGAGGCGGUGGUUUCGGUGCCCGAGGCGGCGACCGCGGUCGUGGCCGUGGCCGUGGUCGUGGCCGUGGCCGACGCGGCGGCAAGAGCGAGGAGAAGGAGUGGCAGCCCGUCACCAAGCUGGGCCGUCUGGUCAAGGCCGGCAAGAUCAACAGCAUGGAGGAGAUUUACCUGCACUCCCUGCCCAUCAAGGAGUUUCAGAUUGUCGACACCUUUCUGCCCAAGCUCAAGGACGAGGUCAUGAAGAUCAAGCCCGUCCAGAAGCAGACGCGUGCCGGUCAGCGGACGCGGUUCAAGGCCGUCGUCAUCAUUGGCGACUCGGAGGGCCACGUCGGCCUCGGCAUCAAGACGUCCAAGGAGGUUGCGACGGCCAUCCGCGCCGCCAUCAUCAUCGCCAAGCUCAGCGUCAUCCCCGUCCGACGAGGCUACUGGGGCACCAACCUCGGCCAGCCUCACUCUCUGCCCUGCAAGCAGAGCGGCAAGUGCGGUUCCGUCACCGUCCGACUCAUCCCUGCCCCCCGCGGUACGGGCCUCGUUGCCUCGCCCGCCGUCAAGCGCUUCCUCCAGCUGGCCGGUGUCGAGGACUCGUACACGUCGUCGGCCGGCUCGACCAAGACGCUCGAGAACACGCUCAAGGCCACCUUUGUCGCCGUCUCCAACACGUACGGCUUCCUGACGCCCAACCUGUGGAAGGAGACCAAGCUGCUCCGGAGUCCGCUCGAGGAGUUUGCCGAUACCCUGCGGGAGGGCAAGCGGUACUAG